AGUGGUCUUCUAGGGUGAUCUAUCCGAACCGGGUUGUUGGGCUCGGUCAGUUCGUCUGUGUCGCUUCUACGAGUAGCAUCGAACUUUUCAUCUUCAAGUGUGCGGAACGAAGUUUAUAGUGUAAGAACUGUAAGAAAAAGUACCAUCAAGUUGAAUAAAUUUAGUGAGUAAUAAAAAAGAAGACACGCACGCGGUGUGAGUGUUUAACAGGAAAAGAAGAGGCACAUCAUUCGAGUGAGUGAUAGAGGAGCUUGCUUUGCUUGGUGUGGUAGAGACUGCGACGAUUUAGUCCUGAACCGCACCGCAUUGUACGUGCGGUGCCUCUGUGUAUAAGCAAAGUGUGUACACUUUCCGUGAAAAUCUGUGUUGAACUAUCACGAAAGCUGCAGAAACUAGGCGUGUAGCUCUCGCGAUAUGCGGAAAGUGAAGGAUUCUAUCGCCUAAAGGACUUACUAAAGGUUAAAUUUGGAUAAAACUUGCCUCGCAAAAGUAUAUUGUUGUAGGAUAUAGUAUUCAGCAUUGUUAAAGUUACUAAAAAAAACACGCGGGAAGUGUAUUCAGAGGCGACAAGAAAUUUUUGACUGACUUGAGAGGAGGAACCUACAACAAGAAGAGCAAGUCGAAAGUGAAAAGCUCCUAGAGCAAAUUAAAAACAUUCUUGAGAGAUAGGAGUGAAGCGAAAAGUGUACAUAGGAGGCCUUGGGACUAGAGUCUCCACGAAUGAAAGGAGUGGAAUUUCUGCAUCAAACUCAGCUUUAAAAACAUUAAAGAGUUGUUGCAGUGCACUCGUAUUGUGUAGAUCCGAAGAACAGUAUUGUACCGCUGUGCUGUGUGAGAACAAGUGUGUAAGUGUGAGUGUAUCUGUGAACAGGACGACAGAGGAGAUUGGUCUCAGGAAGUGAAAACAUACGUAGAAGAGCAAAACUGACGCUGUACCGAAACGGAGAGAUGCCUUCGCUGCAACAGACUAGUUUUAAGGAUUGGCCCAGUCCCGAUAUUGCACGAUCGCUCACAGGACCCGAUAUACUUCAGAAACAUUCAAUCAACUCGCUACUGUUGGAACACAAUGAAAUUAUAAGCCGAGGAAUGCCAUCACCGAUCGAAGAAAAUGUGUCAUUUUCGGAUAUUUUGGGCUCAUCACAAUCAUCGCAAUCUACCUCCAACUCGUCAUCACACGGUGCCAGCAGUAGUAACAGCAAUAGCUGCAAUAUUUCAUCGGGCACGAGCAGUGGUUCCCAUCAGCAGCCAUCGCUGGCGUCCUUUUCGUCUCUUGGAUGUCCUGACAGUGCCAGCAUACUGAGCCUGAGUGGGUCCAACACGGCCUCGUCGCCAGUUAUCAGCACCAGCAAUCCCUUCCAUUUCUCCGGAUUGUCAAUGUCCAGCUCCAGUCUGAGCUCACCGGAGAUUGGCAGCAACGGUGGCAAUGGAGGAGGAGGUGGAGGUGGCGGCGGCAGUGGCAGCGGUGGUCAAUCGCCAACCUACUACGGUAGCAGUGUGCACUCGUCGAAGAACUAUGACGAUUUUCGAUUCGACAGCGACAUCAGUUUAUCCGGAUCAAACGGCGCAAACAGUUUAACCUCAGAGACGUUAAAGCUGCUGCAGCGUAAUAUGGGCACUUAUGACUGCUCCCUGCCGACAUCCCCCAACACAUCCUCCACGGAGCUAUGCACACGAUAUUUUCGCGGAUCGCAACAACUCGGCGACCUGAAUCAGAGCUUCGAGGCAAACAGCACAUCCUCCCUCUUUGGUGGUAAUCAGUCUCUGUCACGUUCCAAUUCCCCGCCCGACAACGACUCCAGUUUGCUGUCCAAUUUCGAUAGCACCAACAUUUUGGACAUGAUCAAUUAUCUCACCAUCAGCCAACAGCAGCAGAAUGGGCAUAACCAGCAGCAUUAUACCAACGGUAGCAGCAUUGGUAGCAGUAGUAACAAUAACAACAACAGCAGCUCCCAGUAUAGUCAGAUACCGAAUAUGAGUCAGUUCUAUCCGCAUCAAUCACAGGGAGGAUCUUCAUUCGGAAAUGGAAAUUGCAACAGUCAACCUAGUAGUAACAACGGUGGCAAUAGUUUCGCUACUGACUAUGAACGGCUGCAAAAUUUGCAGGCACUGAACACAUUGCGUCUGUUGCAACAGUCGCAACAACUGUCACAAUUGCAGCUGCAGCAAUAUCAUUUCAAUAAACUGCUUCCGAGCUACAACAGUACUCAGCUCAAGAACUGGUCUUUGCAGAAUUCCCCUCCCUCGUCAUCAAGCAACGGUGCCAAUGAUAUCAAUCUGGACCGGAUUGCACGAUUUCACCGUUCAUCAGCUGCACAUUACGAUGCGACUUGCACGUGGAGUGGUGUACUUCCCCCACGUUCCCAUCGAUUGGUGACAUACUCGUCGAAAAUUUUCCUCGGCGGGAUGCCUUGGGAUAUCAGUGAACAAUCACUAGUUCAGAUCUUCAAGCCAUUCGGCUCCAUAAAGGUUGAAUGGCCUGGCAAGGAACAACAGGCGACACAGCCCAAAGGUUACGUCUACAUUAUCUUCGAAUCGGACAAACAGGUCAAAGCUUUAUUGCAGACUUGUACCUAUACAGACGCGAAAAGUUACAAUGGUUCAAGCCGUGGUACCAGCUCAUCAUCGUCGGGUAUUCUAACGUAUUCAUCCGGUGGGGAAGAACAGCAACAACAACUAUCAGGACAACAACAACAGCUUGUGCAUCAGAAUAAACCCCUUCCGCCACCGGGAGCUCGAAUCAACUUCAAAAUAUCCUCCAAACGCAUCAAAUCGAAAGACGUUGAGGUUAUUCCAUGGAAUAUUGCCGAUUCCAACUUUGUCAAGUCCACUUCGCAAAAACUUGAUCCGACAAAGACCGUAUUCGUUGGUGCGCUACAUGGACAACUGACGGCGGAGGGUUUGGCUAAGAUUAUGAAUGACUUGUUCGAUGGAGUAGUGUAUGUCGGCAUCGAUACAGACAAAUACAAGUACCCGCUCGGUUCGGCACGAGUAACUUUCAACAAUUCGCGCUCGUACAUGAAGGCUGUGGUAUCAGCGUUUAUCGAGAUAAAAACGGCCAAAUUCACAAAGAAGCUGCAGGUCGACCCGUAUCUAGAGGACUCACUCUGUUCGAUGUGCGGAGUACAACACGGACCAUACUUUUGCCGGGAGAUCGUCUGCUUCAGAUACUUCUGUCGAUCAUGCUGGCAGUUCCAGCACAACCGGGACAGUUCACUACAGAACCACAAGCCUUUGACCCGCAAUUCAAAGUCAACUACUAUUGUCGGGGUGGGUCCUCAACAGACACCCGGAUCACAACAUCAGCAUCAACACCAACACCAACAGCAACAGCAACAGCAUCAUUCACAGUCACAGUUCAAUUACCAGCAUCAACAGCAGCAGCAACAUCACAGCCAUUCGCAGCAUCACCAUCACUACAAUUCGCUGCAUGUCUCGCCCAAGUCGCCUUCGCCACCGUGCAAUAACAGCAGCAGCAGUUCAGCAGACUCAUCGCCAAUCUCCUGUCACGGACCGGCCAAUUUACACCAACAGCUGCAGCAACAGUUUGGCGGCCUCUAA